CCUGCCUGCCUGCCCGUGCGGCCCCCCGCCUCCCUGCCCGCGGUGGCCGGCUCCUCUGGCAGGGGGACUGCCGGGACAGGGCUGCCCCAGAUCGCACGGCGGGGCUGGCUGGGGGCGCGAGCGGCCACGGGGGAUGGAGCCAUGGAGAGGACAUCCCUGCACAACGACAGCCUGCUCUAUGCCUCCCUGAUUGCCAUCCUCCUCCUCAUCUCCUAUUGGUUCACCACCCGCUGCUUCAAAAUCAUCAGCGGCAUUGAAGACAGUGUUGAGGAUGAGUUUGAGCUCUCCACCGUCUGCCACCGCCCCGAGGGGCUGGAGCAGCUCCAGGAGCAGACCAAGUUCACCCGCAAAGAGCUGCAGGUCCUGUACCGAGGCUUCAAGAAUGAGUGCCCAAGUGGCAUUGUCAACGAAGAAAACUUCAAACAGAUCUAUUCACAGUUCUUCCCUCAAGGAGGUGAGUGCCCAUCCCCAUCCUGUCCCCAUACACAUGGGUGCCUCUGUGGGGCAGAGUGUCACACAGCCCCUCCUCAUGCUGUCUGCCUCCCUGCAGACUCCAGCACCUACGCCACCUUCCUCUUCAACGCCUUCGACACUGACCAUGAUGGCUCCGUCAGCUUUGAGGACUUUGUGUCUGGACUGUCCACCAUCCUGCGGGGCACCAUUGAUGAUCGCCUGAACUGGGCCUUCAACCUCUAUGACCUGAACAAAGAUGGCUGCAUCACCAAAGAGGAAAUGCUGGACAUCAUGAAGUCCAUCUAUGACAUGAUGGGCAAAUACACCUACCCGGCCAUGCGGGAGGAAGCACCCCGGGAGCAUGUGGAGAACUUCUUCCAGAAAAUGGACCGGAAUAAGGAUGGCGUGGUGACAAUCGAGGAGUUCCUGGAGUCCUGCCAGAAGGAUGAGAACAUCAUGCGAUCCAUGCAGCUCUUCGACAGCGUGAUUUAGCUCCCGGACCUGCCUCCAGAUGAGCUGUCCUGAUACUGGGCCCAGAACCUUCUUCUCUCUCUUGACUUUUCCUUUGAGACUUCCCUCCUCUGGCUGCACAGACACCUCCAUGGAAAGGGGCCUUCCUUCCAUGAGAUGCAGUCAGUGCCGAGAUCUUUCCUUUCCCCUGGCCCAGCUCUGCUUUCCUUGGGGAAUCCCAAGCAGGUGCUCCCAGAUGUUGGAGCAUGGGCAUGGCUGGCACGGGAUGAGAAUACUACCUGGAUGGACCUCCCUGCACCCAUCCUGGUGGAAAAGAUGCAUCCUUGGGCUGCACUAGAGGUUUUCCCUGUGCACACCACCCUGUGCAGCCACAGCUCGCCUACCCUGAUCCUCUCCAGCCCCAGGAGCCCCCAUCCCAGCUCCAGCCCAAAUUCUCCAGCAACGCAGUCUAGAAACCAAUCAAGUCUUGCAAUGGGCACAGUCAGUCCCUCGGCUUCCUCUCCUGCCCUGGCUGUGCCCUGCUGUGGGAAGCAUGUGUGGUGUAUCCACUGUGAGCCACCGGCCACCCUCCCUGUCCUGGGCCAGUGGGUGGGCAGAGGGGCUGUGCCUGGAGAAGGCAGCCACGUGAGCCCUUGGGGUUCAUUGCUGCAUGAGCUGUGGGGAGCAUCCCCUGAUCCCGGGAUCCUACGAAGCUCUAUCUGACAGGAGCAGAGGGGAGGCUAAAGGGACUUCGAGGUGACUUGUGGCACUUGUCCCCAAGGAUAGACGAUGCAGGGCUGGGAGAGCUGCAACCUCAGCCCCUGUCCCUCAGGUUUGGGGUGCUGGCACAGGGGGACCCCAGGGAUCCACUUUGAGGCUCUAGUGGAGAGACACUCUUUCCAACCCUUCCUGAGAAUGUGACAGCCACGGUAUGGGGACAUGUGGAAGAGGGAGACGGGCUUGUCUCUGGUGGCCAUUCUGGUCCCAUAGGGCUCACAGCCAUGCUCCUAGCAUCAUUAGCUGCUGAUCUUGCCCUGCUCCUGUGCCCUGGCCCAUCCCAGCCCACCUGCUGCCCUGGGGAUGGGGGAAUGAGCAAUGAUGCAGAGAGGUGCCCCACAGGAUAGCCCUGUGCUGGUGACAUGGCUGAGCUGGCAGCUCCUGGAGGAGAAAGUCAAGGCUGGGGUUAGGCAGGAGUCACUGCCAUGCUGCUGGCAGGCUGGAGGGUCACCUUGGGGCAGGGGACUCUUCUCCUUUUCCCAGCAUGGACAUGUGAGAGCCUGCGUGGGGACCUUGGGGAUGGAGAGUCUGGGUUUGUGUCCCCACCAGCUCCUUGGAGAUGGGUGUGUGCAGAUAGGCCUAUCCUGCCCACAUACCACUUCAAGUCAUAGCUGGGAGAGUGAUGCCCAUGGGCUAAUGAUCCCAUGCCAACUCCAGAAGCCCCUCACAGGCACUGGGAAUGUACCCAGCCCUGACAACCCCGUCUGUGGCUCCAUUCUCUGUAUCCCUGGCCAGGGGUGGUUUGGGCUGGCCUGAGCUUUGAUGUCUGGGAUCAGCACCCAUGCUGGGUCAGACCCAGGCUGAGGCCCUGGGGCUCGAGACAUUAGAAUUUAACCCCUGGGGCUCUGAGCCAAAGCUAAGGGGCUGCUUCCUGGGGGAUGAUCCCUGUCCCAGCCCUUGCAGACAUCACAUGUUUUUUAGGCUCAUUUGACACAUUAUUUAUCUUGCAGACAUGAUGUGUUUUUUUAGGUUCAUUCAACACACUGUUCAUCUCAUAGACCUGCUCCCAUGUUUGCUGUGGGACUGAGCUCCCACUUGCAUUCUCCUAAGGGUGGGAGGGCCUUACCCCUCCAUCUCUUCGGCCCUGUUCUCCCUCCUCCCAGCUCUCUGGGGUACCCAUUGUUCGCUGCCAUGUGGAGCACCUGCCGCCUCCCCCCUCACGCUGUAGGUCGCAUGGUGUGACCCCCUGCCCCGGGGCAUGGUGACCCACAACCUGCUUGGCAUCUCCAGUCUGUAUAUUUUGUAUUAUAACAAUUAUAUGAGUUUAAAAAACAAAACAAAAAACCAACAAAAAACCAAUAAAAUCUAACCACAAUCGCUAUGCA